AUGCCCAUUGAACCAAAACCGCUACAUGCAGCCGUCUUAGAUGGUCACGAGGAUAUUGCUGAAGACUUGAUCAAAAACGGUGUACACUUGAACAUAAAGAAUAACGAUGAAAAUACAGUACUUCAUCUAGCGGUUGCAGAAGACGUUGAUGUUGAAAAUAAAGACGGAGAUACUGCAUUACAUAUUGCUGUCGAAAAAGGUUAUAAGAAAAUUGUACGCAAACUGUUGCGCUAUGCAAAUGUGAAUGUACAGAAUAGUAAUGGUGAUACGCCACUCUUCUAUGCUGUUGAUGGAUGCCAAGGAGAGAUUUUCAGAGAGCUAUUGAAAGUGGACGAAAUUAAUGUGAACAUUAAAAAUAAUGAUAAGGAAACGGUACUUUUCAGAGCAGUUGAGAAUUGUUAA